UCAGUGUCCGAGUGCUGGCCCGACGUGAGGUCUGGCUGGCUUGGGCGGCCUGGCCCUCUUGGCUGGGAAGCGUCGUCGUCGUCUCUCUGCCGCUGACACCUCGAGGGGCACUGGGAGAGGCGCAGCCUGUGCCUGAAUACACAUGCGCGCACAUACAAACAUCAAUCGAUGGGAGACACCUUUGUGUGUGUGUGUGUGCUCUGCUUACUUGGAGCUUCCGGCAGUACUCUUGGCAAGAAGAGCCGUGGUAGAGAUGCCUGGGCUUCUCCUUGCUCUUGCGGAGCAGCAUGCCGCCAGCCGUGAUGCACUUGCAGUCUACACACACGUAAAGAUACAUGGACCAACCCAUUCGAUCACAUGGCAUGAGGUUCGCGUACCGCAUGGCUUGGGGAGUCGGUCGACUGGCGGUAGUUUCCCGAAGUCAGCGAUGCUCUUGCCCGGCACAGGGAAGUCAGGCAGACGAGGCUCGGGACCUGACCAAUCAAUCAAUAAACAAAUUGCACAUACAUGGAUAGACGCACGAAUGUGCGCUGAGUGCAUGGGCCACAUGUGUACUGACCGAGGACGAACGGCGAGGGGGCGGGCGUCGCCACUGCACACGCACGCACGCACAGAGACAGGCAGGAGGGAGACAUGACAUACACACUCAUCUGUUUAUGUCUCUCUGCGUGCUGUUGCCGUCGAAGAGGUCGGUGGGUGUGGCGAAGUCGGGGUCUUUGGGUGGGCAUUUCUUGGGGAACGGAUGCGCGUCGUCAUAGAUCGAGUACUGCGGCGGGAUGAGGUUCGUGUUGACAAACAUCGAAAACAUAAGUCACACACAAAUUUCGUUCCGUUCUGCCUGUCCCGAUGGAGUCCGUCCAUCUUUAUUGGCGCCACGUACUUGAGUAUAAAAUGUACGCAGAGAUGAAAAGUGGCCGAUUGGCCAU